UUGUUAGACAAUCUAUUAAACUCUUUUGCUGGCACUUCCCUAUUUCACGAAGAUUCGAACAGCAGUGAUUAUUACUCCAACCGCGUCAGCACCGCGAAAUCGUCUCAUUCAAGCCGGUCAAGUUCUCCGCAUCCGUCCAGCAGAUUGCCAUUCGAUGAUCAAACAAAGCUAUGCGAGACCGAGGCUCUGUUGCAGGCUAGCCGACAAAAAAUUGCGCAAUACCCAAACUCGACAAUAUUGAUGAAGUCGAGGUCAGGAGUUCAUAACUGGCCGUCUGCCAGCACCGCAGUAUUGGAUGUGCAGACGGAACAGGCACCGUUCAUUCCCAUGAUCAACACACCUUAUGGUACGGAGAAUGAACUGAGGUACGUUUCCAAGGCAAACAGUUCAUUUGGUCCUGUUUAG